GCUCCCCUUUCUGUCCCUACUAGCCAGGCAGCCUCCACAACUACUCCACUUCUCAUCCCAGCAUGGAGCGCUUCUUCAACUUCACCUCAUUGUUUCGUUCGUAGUUUUUAUUGACACAACGCCGUGUGUCUUCUCGCGUGUUCUGAAGCCCUUCGACGUUAUGUUUAGCACCACUGGUUCGCGGGGCCUGUACAAGGCUCCUCUGUCCAAAGGCCUCCUGCUAGUACUGAGCGGGUUGACGGUGAUGCUCAGCCUGCUGCCAAAAUACCAGCACAUGUUUGAGUACAACAUGCUUGCCGUCAGCCACCAGCAACAGGUGUGGCGGUUGCUGUGCGGCCGGCUGGUGUGUCUGGACGUUAAGGACUCCUUUUGCAGCGGCCUUCUAAUAUACAACUUCCGAAUCUUUGAGAGGAGAUUUGGCUCCAGGAAGUUUGCUUCCUUCCUGUUGGGCACUUGGUGUCUCUCUGCACUGCUGGACUUCCUGUUUGCUCAGGCGCUCUCCUUGUUCUUCAACUGCGAGGUGGAGGAGUUGCCCGCAGGGUUGCUGGCCCCAGUCUUUGCCCUUUUUGUGCCUUUCUACUUGUCCAUCCCCAAGGUGCCAGUUUCCCAGGUCCUGGGCAGCAUCAACAUCAGCAACAAGACUUUGGUCUACAUUGUCGGGCUGCAGCUGUUCACGUCCAGCCCCUUCAUGUGGCUCCUGGCGCUCAGCGGACUGAUCUCAGGUGGUUUGUACCACUCCAAUGUCCUCUGGCUCCAGAAGCUGCUCUUUGUGCCUGCCUGGCUGUGUGCUGUGGCACGUUACCUCCUGGAGCCCCUCUUCUCCACUUCUCAACCAAUCAGUGAGGCGCCUCUGGGGAUGGGCGCCACACUUGACAUCCAGAGGCAACAGCGGAUGGAUCAACUGGAUCAACAACUGUUGCUGGCCCAGUUCAACGAGGCUCGCGCGAACUCCAGACACCAACCACAACGGACUGGGUUGCUCCAGUGGAUCAGGUUGUUCCCCUCCUUGAGACGCAGAAGACAGGCCUCGCCGCAGGCUCAGACACAGCCCUCGGCACCUCCGCCACCAUUAGACAACCCAGUCGUCGAGGAACAGGUUGCCAGGUUGGUGGAAAUGGGCUUCUCCCGGAUGGAUGCCCUCGAGGCCCUUCGCGCGUCCAACAACGACAUCAACAUGGCCACCAACUUCCUCCUGCAGCACUGAGACCCCCGAACGUGAGCGCGGGAUGAGCAGCGAACCAAAGCCGUGCAGCUGAAAACAAGAAGGCAGAGAAGAGAUGGUGACAAAGGAAGUAGUGUAUUGUGCUUGUGCAGAUAACUUGAAGGCUGCGCACGGCUGAUCACGCCUCGAACGGAACAGUUCUUACCAAUCGAGGAGGUUUGAAGCACAAAGUGGGAUGUCAUAGUGGACAAAUGUACAAACGGCAAGCCUCACAUUACAACAUAUAUAAAAAAAGAUCUGUCAUUUGUAGAGGGGUCCUUGGUUUAUGACAGACCCGACACACAAGGUUUCGAGGUUAUGGACUGGUCACAAUGAAGUAUUUUUCGCAGCGGCAUAAAAAUACACAGAACCGUCACUAUUUGUGAGGAUUAGGGACCAAGCCCUCCCACGAAUAGCAAAAAUCCGCUAGUAAUUGUCGCACUCCAUAUUUGCCUAUGGAUGUCACAAGAUGGUGGUAAUGCAAUACAUGAAGCUCCUCAACUCAUGUCAACAUAGUUCCUUGGCACCAUUUUACCACUUGAUGGUGGCAAUCCACUACAUGAAGCUCCUCAACUCAUUUCAUCCUAGUUCCUUGGCACCAAAGUGCCACAAGAUGGUGCCAAAGAAAUGCUCAUAUACAGGGCUCAUCUCAACUCACAGGAUUACAAAUAAAUAUUCAUAGUUUACAAAUGAGUUGAUUUGGAAAACAAUCACUGGAAGUGUGAGGACCCUGGUGUGUGUGUGUGUGUGUCUGUGUGUGUGUGUGUGGGCAGGGGUGUUGCAGAAAGAGCAUAAAAAUAUGUGGAUGGGUGUGAAUACUAGUACAUUUUAAUCACGCAGCACAAGAAGGCGCACUUAGUUACUGCCGUACUUGCUGUUUUUCAUUUGGUUGUUUUAUUUUUAAGGACUAGAAGCGUUUUUCAUCUAAAUGUUAGUUGACCUCUGCCAUAGUGUGGGUUAGUUUCAGAAUAGGGCACGAUCCGACUACAAAUUCUGGUUACAUCGCCAUGGUAGAAAUGGACCCCUUUGUACUCCAUUGUAACCAGUGACCCUCAUAACUGUGGUGACCAUAUGCAAAACAUGCCAGAACAGAUCCUCAAGGCAGAAAUGAUAUAUUUUUUUUUUAUACAGUUUUCAUCUUACACUGGAAUAAAAGGUGCAUUGUUAACUUGGCAAGGAGAUCGGAUAGUCUUACUCUUAAUGCCAAAACAUUUCGAUUUGCAGUAUAAAACUAUGGAGCACAUGAGAUGCAUUAGCUUUCUUCUAAUACACGCUGUCCAUAUGUUGUGUCUCUAAAAUGUUUUUUUUUUUUGUCUUUAACAAGUCAGCAAGUGUGACUGACUGAUUGCAGCAGAUCUUUGCGAGGAUGCAUGCUCAUUUUGUCUUACAGGUUAGCUGCGUCAUCUCAGGUGAGAUCAUGUGUUCUGUUUAAUCACGGAAUGUUGCUCUUUCGCACCCCCUCACAGAACACAUUAGGUGCACCGGUACAAAAACAUGUCCUCACUAUGUUCUACUGAGAAAAUAUUACAAAUACAGUAGCUCCCACAAUGAUGCAGUGCAAACUACAACCACAAUAAUAUACAAAUUUUGUCCUUUUUUUUUUUAUCAUCAAGCUUUUCUCUUGCAAAGGCAGCUCUUGUACUCAAUCUCUUUGCAGCUGUACCUAAUGUUGUGGCCAUUGAGUGCAAAUGCCCUUGAUGUAUUAUAUUUUCCAAUGUUCCCCUAUUUGAAACAAACCUUAAAUGUUUAUUUAUUAUGCAGUAAAUACGACAGAGGCUAUAGCACAUACCACAAUGUGUGUGUGUAUACUUUAAAUUUUCAAGAGGCAGCAGCUGUGUAUUGUCAGUGAAGGGUACCAGUUCUGUACUUUGGUACAAAAAUAAUAUCGCUAAUAUGUGACCGCACUUGAGUGGAGCCUGAUGAUUUGUAGUCGAAGUGACAAAAUCAUGUGGAGAUGUUGCUUGGAAUCACAAUGUAACAGAGCCUACUUUUAUUUAUGAAAUAAAUCAACUUGCUGAUUGAACUACGCCAUACACGGGAGACUUUCACCAAGGAACACAAACAUGACUUCCGCAUUCCAAAAACUUGCAUGUUAGGUUAAAUUAAGACUAAAAUGUCCAUCGGUGUGACUUUGAAUGAUUUUGUCUGUAUAUGUGCCCUAUGAUUGGCUGGCAACCAAGCCAGGGGAUGAUAUUGGGGCCCCG